CUCACUGCUAAGGAUACCAACCGCGGCCCCGACCCAACGGCUGCCAAACACUUCAAAGGCAAGAAAAAACAGAUCACUGUCGUUGCUGUUGGGGGCGCUAUCAAUACGAUUCUUCUUCAUUCCCGUGCCUCUACGACGGAUGUGGAUUUCUUCAGCGUUGACAGCGUAGACAAUCCCGUCUUGCGAGAUGCGAUUGGAAGCGCCGCCAAGACCAUGCAGCUUGGUGAUGGCUGGAUGAACAACCACACUGCGCUUUUCAUCCCUCUCAACACUAUCGCCAACAUCUAUAACGAAGCGAUUCGAGAUGGCGUAGUCGUUUUCGAUAAGCCUGGGCUUAAGGUGGUC